AUGGAGCCUGUACGACAGGGGCGGCAGGGGUAUGGGUACCGACGACGUCGAGUUCAAGCCCGCCCCAAGUCCCUGACCCGUAUACGGCAAAGAUUCCUCACGCAUUACGUCCGUAACAAGCAGUACAUUCAACGUCAACGGUACGCCCUACUCAGGGCCAGCAGAGUAGCAGCGCGGCGCGAAACCAGUAGAUUCACCUUCCUCAAGACCCUUGAGGCGGUCAAGGCCAAGAACGACGUCGCAGCGGCGCGGCGCAAGACACCAGCCCCGGAAUCUGGCAAAGCAAGUAGUGACAGCACUGACGCAGCUCACCCCCCAGCAGAUGGCCGUGCAGCCCCCCCACAUAUGACAGGCAUGCGUCAAGGGACCUUGGUAUUCGACAUGACGAGCACGACAGGCGCAAAGCGUAAAGGCAAGGAACUCGAGAAGGCGAGCCUGAGCUCUCCUUUGGCGGAUGCCUCAAGGCCCAGCAGCAAAUCAGCGCGGGGCGCGACUACGCCCUUACGCCCGCAUAAGCGUACCAAGGGCUUGCAAGCCAACCCAAAGCCUGUCAGCUCAAUAGAAAAAGCAGCACAGUACCUCAAGGACAUGGGGAUGAUAGAAACGACGAAGGUAGACCUCAAGCUCAUUACUAAUGUACUCUUCAAGGUUGCUGCUCGAGUGCAAGACACUGGCACAAGCGAAACGAUACACACGCUAGCAUCGCUCCAGGAGGAGAUCAUCCGGCAGCAGGAGGUCACGCAAGCCACCAACAUUUUGCGGGAAGUGGCGAAGGAGAUCUCAAACAACCUCACAGCGAAGCUGGCAGAACUGACCAAAGAGACGGUAACGGCCGUCCGUCAGGGAGUAUUGCAGGCAAGCCGGGAGCUCGACAAAUGCACUGAUGUUGUAAAAGUCGCAGCCGGAGACUUCAAAGCCACAGCCGGAACCACACCAAGGUCCUACGCAAGAGCGGCCGCACCUCAAGACCAAGGCACAAGCACCCCACCCACCCUGCUGCGCCCGGCCACGCAGGCCAGGAUGGAGAGGGACCGUCGACGCAUCCUCGUCGACCCGCCCACUGGACAGGCCAGCCUAUACCCCGCCACCCCCAACAGCAACAGCAUCACCAGGAAAGCCACAGAAGCCCUGCACGGAACCGGGGGAGAUGCGGCGUGGGCCUUCGUCAGCCGCACAAAACUCGAUAAGGGCAGUAUUCUUCUGGAGGAACCUCUCUCUUCCUUUUACCACGACCUGAAAAUUUAA